AUGUCGCACUCACGUGGUGAGGGUGACCCCACCGCGCCUUGCCCAAAAUCGCAAAAAGCAGACAGUUGUCCUCCGGUAAUUGGAUCUACUAUCUUUUAA